UCUUGUCACCCAGCCAUGCAAGAACAGCGCAUGCCCUUCCAGAGACAGCGCGCAUCGCUUACGUUCCUCGAGCUUGUCGAAAUCGACGAUCUUUUCAACAAGCUUCGAGUUGGUCUUGGGAAAGUCCGCCUUUUCGUCGUCUUUGAAGGCCCGGCGAUGGAUUGUCGUCACUUUGCUGAACCUGGGUGAAUGCAGCAACUCGGAUACCAGCUGGACCCAGGUUGCCCGACAGCAAUGGGCGAUGUGAGUCAGCAAGUCUGAGAGUAAAACGGGAUAGUGCAGUAUCUGGCCUGAUCCGACGGGCAGCAACGGCACUUUCUUGGGAUUCAGUGCGGGCGGAUGCCCCCAACCGAAACAACAGCAACAGGCUUGUCCUGCGACUGCCAUGCCAGCAUCAAGCGGAUACGCACUUUCUUGCCGACCAUGCCGGUGGGGCCAAGAACAAACGCUGAGAGAUCGCCGCUUGCCAUUUCGUGAGCAGUGGAAGCAGGCCGCUGAUGGUGGAGAUGCAGUCCAAGUCGUUGGCGGGCCUGGACCGGGCAGGCCGGCAGCUGAAAGGCGGGACCUCGCACAUUGAUCCAGGCAACAACCGCAGAACCGCCCUUUUCCUUUCUCUCCUCUCGCUGCGGCCGCCAACAUUAUCGCUGUGCACCAAGAUCACCAUGGACGAAAAGGACAAGCUCAUUGAGCGUCUCCGUGCCGAAAACGAGGGCCUCCGAAGGCAGAUCCAACUGCUGUCGAAUCCAUUGGGGCAGAGCCCAGCGGCAUCUCACCCAACUUCAGCAGCCUCAAUAGCCACAGCAGCUGCCAACCCAGACAAACUCGAUACACAGCGCAGUCCCUCGACCAAACUGACGAAUGCCGAGAUUAGCCGGUUCAGCCGGCAGCUGCUCGUGCAGGAUAUCGGAGUAAAAGGCCAGCUCGGCAUCAAGAACGCAUCCGUACUUGUCGUUGGGGCCGGCGGCCUCGGCUCCCCGGUUAUCCUCUAUCUCGCUGCCGCAGGCAUAGGGCGCAUCGGCAUCGUUGACUACGACAGGGUGGAAGAGAGCAACCUCCAGCGCCAGGUUAUCCACGAUGAAGCCAAGAUCGGCAUGUCCAAGUCUCAGUCAGCCAAGGAGGCUGUCCAUCGGCUUUCGUCCUUUUGCGACUGUAUCGCGUACGAUAUCCUUCUGACCAGCACCAAUGCCACCGAGAUCCUGCGCGAUUAUGAGAUCGUGGUGGAUGCCACCGACAACGUCGCAACCCGGUAUCUGCUAAAUGACGCCUGCGUCUUGGGUAACAAGAUCCUGGUCUCUGGGUCGGCCCUGAGGAUGGACGGACAGCUCACGACCUACAACUACAAAGGCGGGCCGUGCUAUCGAUGCAUCUUCCCGACCCCUCCGCCGCCUGAAACGGUGACAAACUGCAGCGAUGGGGGUGUCGUCGGCGUUGUCACGGGCAUUAUUGGAUGUAUCCAGGCACUUGAGACCAUCAAGAUUGCAUCGGGACUGGGAGCUUCCUUCUCUCAGAAGAUGCUCCUCUUCGACGCAACCCUGUCAACAUUCCGAACAGUCAAGUUGCGGGGUCGACGGAGUGAUUGUGCUGUCUGUGGAGAUCGACCAGAGAUCCGCGCGCUGAUCGACUAUGUGCAGUUCUGUGGAGCUUCGCCGACCGACAAGACACACUCGGAGAAGGUUUUGAGUCUGGACGAGCGCAUCUCAUGUCUGGAGUAUUCCCAAAGUGUCCGACAGCAUGUCAAGCACAUCUUGCUGGAUGUCCGAGAGCCCGUCCAGUUUGAUAUUUGCGCUCUUCCAGAGUCGCUGAAUAUUCCAUGGAAGCACAUCGACAGGCGUUUUGGCGAAAUCGCCGAACUGGCCAGGCAGAUCCAACCAUCCAGUCCCGAGGAAACGCCGAUCUAUGUCGUCUGUCGGCUCGGAAACGACUCCCAGCUUGCUGUUCGCUAUCUGAGGGACCAUGGAUACAAAAACUGCUGGGAUCUCAAGGAUGGACUGCUCAAGUGGGCCCACGAGGUCGAUGUCGAAUUUCCGAUCUACUAGCCCAAUCCGCCGGCGGGCGGGGAAAAUGACAUGCACACUGGCGCAUGCGCCAUCCGCACGGACUAUGUUAUCGCCCAGUAGGCACGGCCACAUACGUGCUGGAUACGCCGAUAUGCCCGCCUUACUUGCAGGUAAUAUAUCACCAUCCAAGAGCA